UCAUCCCGGCUUCCUGCGCCCUGGGCGCACGGGGAGCGCAUAUAAGGCGGCUGGACCCGGGUGCUCGGCACAAAGCUCCGGGACCCGGCACGUCUCCAGGAUGCCGCUCUCACUAGUGGUUCUGGCCGGCAUGGCCCUCCUGUGUGUGGCCGACCCUCUAAGCCACCCCACCGGCUCCCGCGUGGCCCAUCUCUCUGCCAACUUUGGGAUGAAGGUUUUCCAGGAGGUGGCCAAGGCAUCCCCAGAUCGUAAUGUGGCCUUCUCCCCUUUCGGGGUGGCCUCUGUACUGGCCAUGCUGCAGAUGGCGGCCGCUGGGGAGAGCCGGAGUCAGAUCAAGGCAGCCAUGGAGUAUGGGGUCAACGAGCGGGGCAUCCCCCAGGCCCUACGGUGGCUGCGCAAGGAGCUGACUGCCCUGAAGAACCAGGACAGGGUGGACAUUGCUGACGCGCUCUUCGUGCAGCGGGACCUGGGGCUGACACCCGGCUUCAUGAAGAGGUUCGCCCGCACCUUCCGCCAGACUGUCAAACAGGUCAACUUCACAGAGGGUGAGCGCGCUCGCUUCAUCAUCAACAGCUGGGUCAAGGACAGCACCCACGGGAUGAUCAGUGACUUCCUGGGGCCGGGCACCGUGGACGACCUCACCCGCCUGGUGCUGGUGAACGCGGUGUAUUUCAAGGGGCUCUGGAAGCUGCCCUUCCCGGAGGCGGACACGCGCCAGCGCGUCUUCCACAAGUCGGACGGGAGCCGGGUGGUGGUGCCCAUGAUGGAGCAGACAGCCAAGUUCAACUACGGCGAGUUCUUCACCCCAGACCAAGUGGACUACGACGUGGUGGAGCUGCCAUACCACGGGGACACGCUCAGCAUGCUUAUCGCCGCCCCCUAUCGCCGAGAGGUGCCCCUGGCCACCCUCACCCGGGUCCUUGACGCCCGGCUGCUGGGCGAGUGGAAGGCGAACAUGACCCGAGUGCCCCGCCAGCUCGUGCUUCCCAAGUUCUCCCUGGAGAGCGACUCUGACCUGCGCCGGCCCCUGCAGGAGCUGGGCGUGAGGGACGUCUUCAGCCUCAGCGCCGCAGACUUCAGCAGCCUCUCAGCCGAGGAGUCGCUGUACGUGGCCCAGGCCCUGCAGAAGGUCAAGAUCGAGGUGAAUGAGAGUGGCACCAAAGCCUCCUCUGCCACAGCUGCCAUAGUCUACGCCCGGAUGGCGCCCCUGGAGAUCAUCAUGGACCGGCCCUUCCUCUUCGUGGUGCGGCACAACCCCACAGGUGCCAUCCUCUUCAUGGGACAGGUGAUGGAGCCCUGACCAUGGGGAACCCCCCGUGCUGGGAGCAGACUGGGAAACGAAGCCAUCUUGGGGGGGCACCCCCCCUCCCUGGCUGAGGAGAUGCCUGUCCUGUUCAGUUUGACUCUCUGGGUCCCCCCCCACUCCUCCCCUGGAUUGCAGGGCAGCGGUGGGGCCAUAUAUGACAGUAGUCGCUGGGCUGUCCCCCACGGCCGGGAAUCCCAGGCACACUGUCGCCCUGCAGGCCUAGUCUGGGGCUCAAAUCUGCCCCCCAGCGACUCAGUUUCCCUGGUCCUACCAUACCUGGGCCUUGCACGGAUUCUAAUGGAUUUACACUGGAGGCUGCUACCUCACCCCCUCCUCUGGGGGGUGUCAGGAACCCUGUUCCCGGUCAGGGGGCUGGGCAUGAAUGUAUGGGAGAGUAAUAUAUUGUAGAGGAGAUAAUAUAUUCCUAGCUUUGUUUGCAUUUGAGGGGCCUGCGUG